UCGCAAGACACGGUGGCAGCGUGCGCUCUGUUUUGACCGUAUAAAAUAACGACAGUCUGGAAAAACCGUUUAACGGUCAAACUCAGACAUAAAGAUUGUUCGUCAUCUAAUAAUAGUCUACACAAAAUAACUCGGAAAAUAGUACCGCAUUGGAAGAUGACCAGUGUGCAUUCUGGUCGAUCUCUCUGAAGCAUCAUUUAGUGGUUUGUAAGUGUGUGUGGUGAUGAGCUGGGCCGGGGAAGACUGGACCGUGGGUCUGAGCGGUCAGGUCCUGCAGAAGGUGAAACAGCUUCAGUCUCAGAAUGAGAAGCUGAAUAAGGAAAGACAGCAGAGACAACUGCAGCUGGAUAACUCAGAGAUAGCUCUGCACAGACAGAAACAGAAGUAUGCGGACGUGCGUGUGGAGCUGGUUGCGCUUCAGAGGGAGCUGGGAGGAGUGCGUGAGGCAGCGCAUGCAGAUGUGCAGGCCAGAGACCGUCUGGUUCAUGAGGUGCAGGUCAAAACGAGUCAAGUGCACUCGCUGGAGGGCCAACUCGAAUCUGCCAAAAACCUGACACAAAGCCUCACACAGGAGAUCAAACAGCUUGAGGCUGAGCUGGAGAAGCUGCAGAAGGGAAAUGGCUCUGGGGACUCCAUGUUGUUUUCCACACCUUGUUGGAACAUGAGCUCUCCCCGGGAUCACAAUGAUGGUUUCAGAGUGGAGAGUGAAAUCAAAUCGCAGCAUGUCAGACAGCAGCUGCAGUUUGGAGACAUCCCAAAGCCCUCAGUGAGUGCGGCAUUCUCCCCGUUUCCACAGCAACCACACAAAUCCCCACCUCUUCGGCAGCAUGUCCACCAAUCAGAACCAUCCACCUCCUCUUCUGUAUUUCCAUGGGAACGUGAGGAUGUGCGGUCUUCUCCCAAAGGACGACCAGCUUCCUGUGUUUCCUCCAGUGAUGUCAUAAUGAAGAACAAUGACUCUGGGAUAGAAGAGGCCUUGAGGAAAGAGAUAGAUGACCUGCGUGUGCGUGUGUCAGAACUGAAGCGUGAGGCUCAGCUGGACUCUGAGCGUUUGAAGGAGGUGGAGUCUCAUCUGACUCAGACUCACAGAGAGAUCAGCACUAAAGAACAGACUCUAACACGCACCCAAGACCAGCUGACCCGUGCACAGACCCGUAUCACACAGGAGAAUGACCGGGCCCAGACUGCUGAGCAGAAAGUGAAGCAGCUUCAGGAGGAGUUGAAGUGUCAGAGGCAGAAUGCUGAAUCCAUCCGCUGCAAUGCAGAACAGCGCAGGAAAGACGUGGAGAGAGAUCACCAGAGGGAGCUGUUGGAGCUGCAGAGAGAAAGACAGACUCUGGAGAGACAACAUCAGCAGGAGAGCAACAGACUUAACCAGGAGAUCCAACAGGCCAGAACAUUGCACAACACACUGCAGGCUCAGUACGACAAGGUUUGUUUGCAGAAGCAGGGUUUGGAGAGAGAUCUAUUGGAAGUAAGAGGAACACUGAAGAACACGGAGACUGACCUGAGAGAGAGUCAGAAAAGAGAGACACAGACAGAGGCCAAACUCACGGAGGCACUGAGGGAGAGUGAGAGUCUCACUGUGUCUCUGGGGCAGAUGAAGAAACAGGAGAAAGCUCUGCAGGAGGAGGUGAAAAGACUGACUGAGGAGCUUGCUGAGGCCCUCAAGCUUAUUAAAGAACUGCAGGCUCAGCUGGCUGCUGCUCCUCCAGCAGUGUCUGUUUCUCACAUCAGCUCUGUAGGAGACUGCUUCUCGCCCUCCAUUUCACUCCACCGUGACCGCUCUCCUCCAUACCAACACUCCACUCAGAAAAAGAGAGCUCUAAAAACAGGGAGAACUAGAGAAGAGGAGAGUAAGAAGUACCCCUCAGGCAGAGAACCAGGAGAGGGCAUCGAUUCUGAGCACAUUGGGAACUUUGAUUCUGAGGAGUCAAGAAAAAGAGUCAUAACACAUCAAAGUGGAUCUCUAAGAAUGAGUGAAGCUGAUGUGGACAUCUCUGUUACAGAACAAGAGACCGGCAUAUCAUUUACGUCUGGUUCAAUUAAUGCCACAAUGACUAAAAGUGAAUCAGACACCUCUUGCAACCUACUGACAGAUGUUGGAAAUGCCACCUCAGGUAACCCAGAAAAAUGUGACCCCACGUCUCAAAAAAAUCUAAAGAAGGAGAAUGCAGAGCUUCGUGAUGAACUUAGAGAGGUUAAAUAUGAGCUUCAGAAGCGACUUGAGGACCUCGAGUCUCAGAGGAGGGCAGAAACGGAGGCAAGGACUAAACUGAAACAGCUGAGCCGCAAACACUCGACCCAGACAGAGCAGCAACGCGACAAAACUCUUGAGCUCAAAGAGAGCAUCUGCAAACUGGAGACCCAACUGGAGCAAGAGAAGAAAGAGACCACAAAACUGAGAGAAUCUCUUGAUGUGUUCGAAAGAGAAGCUGAGAAGAGACUGGAAGAGAAUGAGAAAGAUGAUAAAGAGUCUACAAGGCUGAAGGAAGUCUUGGCUGAGAUGGAGAAAAAGGAGACAGCCAUGAAGGAAGAGAUGGUGGGAAUGAAAAAAGAGCUAGAAGACCUUCAGCUCAAGCUUGCACAGGAACGGGAGGAAAGAGAGCUUGAGAGAGAAGAGAAGAAGCAGCAAAUCAGAAAAGAAGAGAUGGAAGGAUUGAAGAUUGCACGGCUUCAAGAAGAGCUGGACAAUCUUCGCAAGUCUGCGAGUUUAGAAGAGAAGAUAUCAAAAGACAAUCUUCCUGUGACAUAUUUACAACUAGAAUGCCACAUAAGCACUGAUAAGAUAGCUCUUGUAGAAAAUGAAAAUGAUUUGCAAGAGUCCAUAUGUGACUCUGUGAACCUUCAGAACACUUUGGUCCGCAAAGAAACCAGAACAAUGCAAGUGAUUACGGAUCUUGGACAACCAGGGACAACCACACAGAGCAGGACAUCAACCACUGAAAUAAGAGGGACAGAAGCUUCAGAAAUGGACAGCACUACUGUUUUAGUUUUGGAGGUAGAGUGCUUGAAGGGGGCAAGAGACCGGGAGGCAGAAAAGGCAAAGCUAGCCCAAGGAAAGCUGGAAGUCCUUCAGAAGCAAGUGACCAAAGAGACCAAGCUUCUGACCCAAGCUUUUGAAAGCCAAAGCAGACAUAUUGAGAACCUACUCGGAGAGCUGCAUCAUAAAGAGUGCACCCUCCAGAGGAAGUGCGAGGAACUGCAAAAAUGUCAAGAGAAAAUCUGUCUUCUAGAAGAAGAAACGCAUACUAGGGAGGACAUCAUCCUCAAUAAGGCCUCUACACAUCCUGAAACAUCAAUAGAGAUCUCAAGAGAACUUAGUUGUGAUUCCGUCUUCAGCAACACAAGCAUUAGCGACCAUGACAUUUUUAAUGACGAUAUGUCAAACAUUUUGAAGGUCUUGCAGCCUAGUGUGCAGCUGCCUGUUGAACACUCCGUUAAUGAAACCAUUGAAGAAACCAACAUUAGUGAUAUAUCUCAUAAGCUGCAAGUAGUGACUGAAGUUUCCAAGCUGCAUGAAUUAUGUAUCACUUCAGACAUACAUUCUGGAAAUGCUCCAAAUUCUGAAGCACAUGCUCUUUCUGAGAUACUUGAUAAGAACGCAAAGGAAUCGGAGUACUCCACUGUAGCAAGUUCUCACUUGCAAACUGAACAGUCGGGAGUACUGAACUUUCAACAUGACAUUCCAGAACACAACACAGAUGAUGUCAGUGAGCUGGAAAGGGUAACAAAGCAAUUACAAGAUGCUCAGCUUCAACUGAAUGUGUUGAAGGCUCAGAAUGGUGAGCUUGCUCUUGAGGGAGGCGUGGCAAAAGAAGAACUGCUGUCCAUUAGACAAGAAAAUGAAGGGUUAAGAUUGAAACUAAGACACAUGGACAAAGACAAUAUCUCUGAACAAAAUGCUGCCUUGUCUUUGAUCAAAACUAAAAACAAUGGUCCGUCAGGAACAAAAACAGAUGGAAAACAAAACAGCGCCCCCUUAGGACAGGAGGAGUCUGUUGAACUUGAUGAAAACUUUAAAGAUGGAGAUAUGGAAGGCAAAGAGGAGAGUACAAGAUGUGAAUAUGACUGCUCAUCUAAAGCAGAGGUUGACUCUCUUCAGGAGCAGAUACAAGCACUACAAGCUCAGAUCCAGCACCUCUCUGAGCAGAACAAAAAACAAGCUGAGGAACUAGAAUUCUGGAAUAACUCAGUCAUGGGAAAAACAGUGGGCAGCAACUCCUCCACCGUCGUACUUAAAGAUUUUGAGAUAUUCCUCCCCUGCAGACCCACCGAGCUACAGAUGCAGUCCCAACAGACUAGGACCAUGAUGCACCAGUGCACUGUCACAGACAUGACAUAUCAGUGUGGACUAGAGGAACGGAAUGAGCAGACCAACUUGGGGGAACAUGUGUUGCCUGAAACGCAUAUGGUGAAUGACGUGAGUGAAUCUCGGGGACCUGCUGAGGACCUCAUGACUGUAAAUGAGAAGGUAAUGACGAAAGAAAAUGCUCAACAGAGCAACAAUGUUGACCAUGGUAACGAAUGUCCUCCAGUCUGUGUCUCAGAUAUACUGACUAGUAACACUAAAGACAAACAGUCACUUCAUCAGACCAAAUUAACAGAUAAUGAUGAUUCAGAGAUGCAGAGGACUGCCUCAAUGUCUCAGAAUCAGACCAAAUCAGGUGCACCUGGAGAAAACAGCCAAAUAGAUGCCUUAAUCGAUGUUCUGUUCUCAACCAAAGUAAUCAUCUCAAAGCCAACCACAGAGUCCCAUGGGCCUAAAAAUGCCCAGAUUUCUGGCCAUAAUGAGGUUGAAACUAUGGAAACUGCUGCUUUUGAUCAACAAGGCCAUUGUUGUGGAGACACAACAGAUCAACAGAACAAAUAUCACACUACUGUAGAAGUUUCGGUACGAAGCAAGAACGACUCUAACGCUGCUCAGGGUCAAAGGGUAGAGGUCAGCAAUGUCACUGGAUAUCCUAACAGAAUGGAAGUCAGGGAGGUCCAGGGUGUGUCCACUCAGACAGAGGAGAGCAGACAGCCUCUAGAGAAGCGACCUCUCCUCCAUGCCAGCACACAGACAGAUGGUGUAGAGCUAGAGACCGAGGAAGAUUUUAAAGAGCCUGCAGACUCUCCCCCCCUGCCAUCUGUUACAGACAAACUGCUGUUGUCCAAGGUGUUCCCUAUGAGUAACCCAGCUCACCUCGCAGAACGCAUCCGACAAAACCGCAGCCGCAUGUCUGCUGCUCACGAUGAUACAGAAUACGAGCCGUACGGUCUACCAGAGGUUGUUAUGAAAGGAUUUGCUGAUAUCCCCAGUGGGCCAGCUUGUCCAUACGUCCUGCGUAGAGGUCUACUGGGUACUGAUGCGAUGCCCCUCCCACGCAGAGAGGCCACACCCGAGGAGGAAGAUGAAGACAUUGAGCCAUAGUACUCUCACGCACCUAUACAGCAUAGGCUCUUCUGUUGGAAUUAAAGGAAUUUUACUUCCUCUUUAAGUGUCAACAGUACCUCCUCUGCACAUCGUGGGACACUUAUGAUAAUCUUUGGGCUGAAUCAAAUGGUUUAGAAUUUAAAGGCUUUAAUGCUUUUUUUUUUUUUAACUUGCUUUAAAGAAAUGCCUUAUUGUGAAUAUUGAUGUCAUAUAUAGUUUUGUUUGAGUACUGGAGGCAAAUUUGCUUAGAUACUGAUGUAAUAUAUUUUUGUUUGUAUAGAGAUGGUGUCAGCCUCUGUUUUAUAAGACUUGAAGUUUGUGAAUUGCCUUAUUUAUUGACAGACACUCCUUGUAGAUUUUCCUUUAUGCACUACUCUGUGAGUGUGUGUGUGUGUGUGCGUGGUAAGAGUCAGAUCACCAUGAGCCUGUUUCCAAUCCUUGUAUGGUGAUUCACUGUGAAAGACCGUUUCUCUCUCUCUAUUUGUGUCUCUGUCUAACAACUUUCUAACGCACAGUGGAGUAUUUAUAUUAUCUGGCCCUUUGUAAUAAAGCAUGGGAGGAAUGGAUGCACUGUUGAUUAGAUUAAUUUAUUUAAAUUGAGUGUAUGUGUGUCCAUGUGUUUUAUGCUUUCUGUUUGUGUGUGUUGUCUACACAUUUGCUACAAUGCAUGUUUCUUCUAAAUGUGAAAUGAUUUUUAGAUGGGUAUGUUUACAUUAUUAAACUUUGUUAGUGAAAUACAUAUGUUGCUUUGUACUUUAAGAUUUGCAUUCUGGAAAACUGUGUCUGCCUUAUCUGAAAAAAUACGU